UGGGUCAAACCAUCGUCUCCAUGACAACACAAGAGUCAGCUCCAUCUAAUCAGCUCCAACAAGAUCAGACUUUAUUUAUCCCCGUGGGCUAAUGAGGCUGUUACAUCAUCAGGAGCAACAGAGCAAAACACGAAACCAUCCUAGAAACAGGACACGAAUAAAAGACAUUAACAAUGUCAAAGUAUGUUAACGUUUAAAAAUGUUGACACUUUGCAUCAGGUUCAAGCAACGGGGGGGGGGGGGGCAGGUCUAAGUCCUCCUAAGAGGAUCAGGUCUCUGAGCUUUAGCUGCGUACAGUCUGUGUGUUGAACAGAUGCAUGAUGGGAGCAGGAGACGACUGGACGCCAUGAAGGCAACACAGUCGGACAGAGAGCUACACACUGGACACACGCUGGACACACACUAAGAAACACCAGGCUGUGAUGGAGCCCAUGGACCCGUCUCCUCUCCGACACUUCGUGGUUGCCAAGGCGACCAUCUCAUCCAUCUUUGAUCAGCUGUUGGAGUUCGUGAAGGACGGCUCCGUCUUCGUGGACGGUCAGAGACAGUGUGUGUUUGUUUGUGUGUGUUUGUUUUUGCGUUUCUCUGUGUGUGGUCAUGUGGUGGUGUUGGUUGCCGUGGCUACAGAGGCCUGGAGGAGCUCUGAUCUGGGUCCUGUUGCCGUGGAGGAGCAGAGUCUAGAGAUGCAGAGCUGCUUCACCAAGCUGUCCACCAUCAGAGACGUCCUCCUCAGGAGACACAUGAAGGUCGCCUUCUUCGGCAGGACCAGUAACGGGAAGAGCACGGUGAUCAACGCUAUGCUCCGGGACCGGGUUCUUCCCAGCGGCAUCGGCCACACCACCAACUGCUUCCUGAGGGUGGAGGGCACGGACGGGGACGAGGCCUACGUCACCACGGAGACGUCCACCGAACGGAGGAGCGUCUCGACCGUGAACCAGCUGGCUCACGCCCUCCACAUGGACCCCACCCUGGACUCUGGCAGCCUGGUCCGAGUCUUCUGGCCCAAGAGCCGCUGCACUCUGCUCCGAGAUGACCUGGUCCUCAUGGACAGCCCGGGGACAGACGUCACUCUGGAGCUGGACAGCUGGAUCGAUAAGUUCUGUUUGGACGCAGACGUCUUUGUUCUGGUGGGAAACGCUGAGUCAACUCUGAUGAACACGGAGAAGCUCUUCUUCCAUAAGGUCAGUGAGAGGAUUUCUAAACCAAACAUCUUCAUCCUCCACAACCGUUGGGACGCUUCAGUCACUGAGCCAGACUUCAUUGAGGAGGUGAGGAAGCAGCACCUGGAUCGCUGCAUCAGCUUCCUGGCCGAGGAGCUCCGGGUCCUGGGUCUGGACGAGGCCGCAGGGAGGAUCUUCUUCGUCUCAGCCAAGGAAGUCCUGAGCUCCAGGACGCAGAGAGCACAGGGCAUGCCUGAGACAGGUGGGACAGGUGGAGCUUUGGCUGAAGGUUUCCAGGAGAGACUGAUGGAGUUCCAGAGGUUUGAGAGGACGUUUGAGGAGUUCAUCUCUCAGUCGGCUGUGAAGACCAAGUUUGAGCAGCACACGGUCAGAGCGUGGCAGAUCACCGAGUCCAUCAAGGCCGUGAUGGACGCUAUCAACAUCAACUCAGCCGAUAAGAAGAUCUGCUGCCUGGAGGAGCGUGAGGAGCAGAGGGACCGGCUGGACUUUGUUCGAGGACAGAUCAACCGUCUGAGCAACAACGUCAAAGAGCGGAUCAGGACCUUGUCAGACGAGGUCGCUGCCAAGGUGGCCUCGGCUCUGUCCGACCAGAUCCGGUCUCUUCCAGUCCUGGUGGACGAGUUCAGGGCUGACUUCAACCCCACGCCAGAAACUCUGCAGCUCUACAAAGCCAAGCUGCUGCAGCAUGUGGACGAACGUCUGGUCGGGUCUUUAGCUCAUCGCUGCUCCGUCCUCAGAGACAUCAGAGACGCGCAGAGACACAUGAUUGACAGCGUCCGUCCUCUGUUAUCUCCGUCCGUCCAGGACCAGCUGGCCGCUCCCUCCGCCUCCUUCGACCUGACCUUUGACCUCGGCGUCGCCUCGCUCUGCUCGGAUUUCCGGGAGAACGUGGACUUCCAGUUCUCUCUGGGCUGGACCGCCCUCGUCACCCGCUUCAUCGGCGCCGCCAACGCCCGACGAGCCCUGAGUGGCCCCGCCCCCCCGCCGCAGGACACUUCGUCCUUCAAGGAUGACCUGGUGGUUUCCAUAGCGACAGGUCUGGUCUCUGUCACCUCUCGCGUCUCCAUGACGGUGCUGGUGAUUGGAGGAGUGGUGUGGCGGUCGGUGGGCUGGCGGGUCGUGGCUCUGUCCCUGUCCCUCUACGGUGUCCUCUACCUGUACGAGAGACUCACCUGGACCGACGCUAGCAGGGAGCGCGCUCUGAAGCAGCAGUUUGUGGAGUACGCCUCCCCGAGACUCAGAGCCGUCAUCCCCGUAACGAGCUCCGCCUGCAGCCAGCAGGUGUUCAAGGAGUUGUCGUCCACCUUCACUCGUCUCUGUCAGAGAGUCGACCUGAGUGACGCUGAGUUGGAGGGAAACAUCCGUCAGCUGAGCUUCAGGAUCCAGAGGUUGGAGAACAUCCAGAGAAGGUCCAAGGCCUUCAGGAACCGAGCCACGGAGCUGGAGACUCAGCUAGAGGCCUUCUCUGUUCAGUACCUGCAGGGAAACUGAAGAAGAAGAACCCACCAAUGAUCUGUGACCUGCUCUGUUUGGCUCCGCCCACAAUCCCCCAGCAACUAAGCUCACCAUCUGAUUGAUGACAUCAUCAUUGAUCAUUGCUGAUGUUUGUUGAUCAGAAAUAAACAAACUCAAUGAU